AAGACCAACCAAUAGAAGAAGAUUCUGAAGCCGGAUCUGGCCCAACUACUCAAGCAUAUAGAAAAGGGCAAAGAAAAAACUGGAAGAAAGAAAUUGAGAUCAUUGACCAAAGAGACGAUUCUGGAGAUGACCAAAGAGAUGAUUCCGAAGAUGAUCCAAAGGACUUAGAUAAAAAAGUGCUCUGGCCAGUUCCAUUUCCAGAUAAUAAGGGCAUCGGAAAGUAUGGCAAAAGGGUAUUCAGACAGCAAAAGACAUGUUUAAACGAAAAAGAAGUAGCAAAGAAAGCAAAAGAGAUAUAUUUACAAUGGGGUUUGCACAAUGAAGAAACGAUUUCAGAAAAGAUUGAGUCAUUAAUACGGGAAUACAAGGCAGAAGACAAAGGAAGUCCAGAAUGGAUAACAUUUAUAGAAGAACAUUUUGAGACAGCAGAAAUGUACGAAGCUGGGAUGACUGAAAAGCGUGCUAAGAAGAUUUUAAAUGCAAUGAAUAAUGAUAGAUUUCUUAUAAGAGUAAAAUUUGUUAGAGACGAUUUUUCCUAUGGUGAAAGACAUAACUAUGCAUUUAAAAUCAUUGAUAAAUACCAGCCCAUUCGAGAAUCAAAGAGGGUCAGUAAGAAAUUCGUUCUAGGAGGUCCAAAUGUUAUUCUUACAAAGAAAACCAAGCCAGGCUUCUGGGUAGGAAUUGACGAGAAAUUUUUAGUUAAGAUUAUUCAAGGUGAUAAAAAAUCAGAAUAUAGGGAACUUGAUGCAAAUGCAGUUGUAUAUGGGUUGUAUCGAAUCCAGGAGCCAGAUAGUAAACGAUUAAUGCCUAUAAAAGAUGGCACACUUAAUUGUGUCGCCCAACGAGUAAUAGAGCAUUUUGAAAAAGCAAAAAGAGGGUAUGUGCUUACCAGUACACGUAAACAAAAAAUUGGUACAUGGGAAAAAAGAAUGCACCAACCUGGUGCUCGAGUAGAGGAUGUAGCAGAAUUGGAAAAAAUACUUAAGAGGCCAAUUAAAUUGCUUGAUAUUACUCAUGGGACCAUUUUUAACAGUGGAAAAUAUCGAACAG